CUUAAGUAAAUUAUGGUAAUAUGUAUUCAAAAUAUUGUAGUGAUAAAUUAGUGCAAAUAUAAUGAUAAAAAUAUUAUCAAUAUGACCCAAUAUCCAACUGAAUUAUUACGUAGCAUGAUAACAUAUAAAUUCGGAGAUUGCAGAAAAUAUUGUAAGAUAGAAAAAAACAUUUAAGAAAUAAAUGGUAAAAAUGUUUAACGAACCUAAAAUAUUAAUAAUUGGAGCUGGAGCUGCUGGAAUUUCAGCUGCCAAGAGAUUAUUAGAAAAAGGUUUACAAAAUAUUACUAUACUUGAAGCUGGUGAUCGUAUUGGUGGUAGAAUACAUACUGUAGAAUUUGCAAAUAAUGUGGUGGAAUUAGGUGCUCAAUGGGUACAUGGAGAAAGAGGAAAUAUAGUUUUUAAUCUUGCUUUUCCACAUAAAUUGCUUGAUUCUUCUGAAACAUUGCAUGAUUUUAGUAAACAAAUAUUUGUAACUCCUAAAGGCAAAAUAAUCCCACAAGAACGUAGUAUUGAAUUAUUGAAAGCAUAUUAUGAUAUUUCUGAUCGUUCAACAGAAGAUUUAAAAAAUGCAACAGGAUCAUAUGGAGAAUAUUUUUGUAAUGAAUUUUAUAAAAUUCUUAAAGAAAAAUCUUUUGCUGAUAAUGAAGAAGCAGAAUUAUUUUUGGAUUGGAUGCAUAAAUUCGAUAACUCCAUUCAAUGUAGUGAUACAUGGUUUGAUGUUUCUGCCAAAGGUAUUGCAGAAUAUUGGCAAUGUGAAGGAAACUCUUUACUUAACUGGAAAACACAUGGUUAUAAAACAUUAUUUGAUUUAUUAUUGAACAAAAUUCCAGAUUCCAAGGAAACAUUAAUGAUAACAGAAAAAAUUAAAUUUAAUAAAGAAGUAUCUCUUAUUGAUUAUACAUCUACUAAUAAUGUGAUUGUUAAAGUUAAAGAUGGAUCUAAAUAUAAUGCUUCUCAUGUUAUAUUCACAGCAUCUUUAGGAGUGCUAAAGGAAAAACAUUCUAUGAUGUUUUUGCCUUCAUUGUCUGAAAGAAAACAACGUGCCAUAAAGGGUUUGAAUAUUGGAACUGUAAACAAAGUUUUUCUAGAAUUUCCAUAUACAUGGUGGACAGAAAAAUGUGCUGGUUUUAGUUUAGCUUGGACCAAAGAAGAUAAAAUACAGUUUCUUGAAUGUCAUGGUCAAGGCAAUGCAUGGCUAUGUGACGUAUUUGCAUUUUUUACAGUAGACUAUCAGCCUAGAGUUUUAUGUGCCUGGGUUGUAAGACAGAGUGCAAAAUAUAUUGAAACACUAUCUGAUAUAGAUCUUAUUGAAGGAUUAUAUUUAUUGUUAGAAACUUUUCUUGGAAAAUCUUAUAAUAUUCCAAGACCAGAUCAUAUGAUAAGAUCAAAAUGGUAUACAAAUAGUAAUUUUCGUGGAUGUUAUAGUUUUCAAAGCAUGAUAUCUGAAAAAUUAAAUGUACAACCAAAAGAUCUUGCUGAACCAAUUAUGUCUCCUGAUAAUAAACCUCUUAUACUCUUUGCUGGUGAAGCAACUCAUGAUCAUUACUAUUCUACUGUUCAUGGAGCUGUUGAAUCUGGAUUUCGUGAAGCAGAUAGGUUAUUGAAAUACCAAAUAAUACAUGGUUGGUUAAGGCAAACAAUAAACGACUUCGAAAAAAUAAGAAAAUUACAAACCAUGAAGAUACAACCGAUAGGUAAACCAGAAGUUGUAAUAAUUGGAGCAGGCAUUGCUGGGCUAGCAGCUGCAAAAGCUUUAGAAGAUGCCAAUUUUAAAAAUUAUCUUUUAUUAGAAGCUCAAGAACAAAUUGGUGGACGGAUACAAUCAUUAUUAUGGAAUGAGAACUGGAUUGAAUAUGGUGCACAAUUUUUACAUGGUAGCCAAAGUAAAUUAGCAAACUUAUGUUAUGAAAAAGAAUUAUUAUCAAAUAUUCAAUGUAAAGAUGGAGAGGGUAUAUUUUUAUCCGAUAAUGGGUUUGAAAUAGAUUUAAAGUUGGUGCAAGAAAUUGAUAACUUUGUACGUAAUAUAUUAGAAGAAUGUGAAAAUUGUGAGAAUCAAGAAGUUCAGAAUAAUUUUGAAAAUAUUGGCAGAAUUUUAAGAAGUCGAUUUAAAAAUUAUUUACAACAAUCAAAUGAUAUAACCGAUGUAAAAGAUAUUAAGAAAGGAAUUUUUGAUUGGAUGACUAGAUUUCUUAUAAUUGACAAUUCUUGUUUUACAUUAGAUGAAUUGUCUUUAAAAGGUUGGGGGAAUUUUAAAUUUGUUGGUGGUCCAGAAUAUCUUUCAUUUAAAGCUGGAUAUAAUUCUAUAUUAAAAUUUAUUGCUGACAAUUUAGAUCCGAAUAAUUUACGUUUAAAUAGUGCUGUGGAAGUAAUAGAAUGGCAACAAAAUAUUAAUAUAAAUGAAUCAGAAAAAUCAAUUAUUUUAACACUAUCAAAUGAAAAACAGAUUUUUACAAAAUGUGUAAUAAUUACAUGUUCCCUUGGCCAUCUGAAAGAAAAUUAUCAAAAAAUGUUUGUGCCUCCAUUACCAUGCAAUUAUACUUUAGCAAUUGAAUGUCUUGGAUUUGGUUUAAUAAAUAAAAUAUUUCUUGAUUUUGGUCAAUCUUGGUGGAAGCCAGAAACAAAAGGAUUUCAAUUUAUUUGGCACAAAAAUAAUAUAAAUGUGUUUUCUGAAAAGUCCUUGGCUACAUGGACCAAAGAUCUUACAGGUUUUGAUGUUUUACAAAAUCAUCAAGGUGUACUCCUUGGAUGGGUUGGUGGACAAGGUGCCAGUAUUAUUGAAACAUUGAGUGAAGAAGAAGUUGCAACUGAUUGUUUAAAUUUAUUUAAGUAUUUUCUUAAAAUUGAUAAUAUACCUACAGUGCAAAGAUGUGUUAGAACACAGUGGAAUGCAAACAAGUACAUAAGAGGUAGUUACAGUCAUAUUUCAGUGAAUUGUGAUAGAAAAAAAAUCACGCCAGGUACACUAGCAGAACCAAUUUGGGGUACAAUAACUCAACAAAAUUGUACUAAGAUUGUACCAGUAAUAAUGUUUGCUGGUGAAGGAACGCAUGACAAUUUUUAUUCUACUACACAUGGAGCAUAUGAAACUGGAUUAAAUCAGGCACAAACUUUUUUACGUUAUCAUGUUAAUCAAUUUUAAUUUUUUAUGUAAAUUAAUCGUGUUCAUAAUAAUACGCAUAUAUACAGCAUACACUGCGUAAAUAUCAUUAAGUUUUGGUUUAGUUUUAUAUAUACAAUUUAUUUCAUAUCAAAUAGUAUAUUUAUGUAGUAAUUUAUUUAUAAAGCUUUUGCAUAAAGCUUUAUAAGUCUAUCUGCUUCCCUCCAUCCUGAUGCAAUUGCACCGUGUACAGUUGAAUAAAAACGUUUAUUUGUAGCUUCUCCGGCAAAUAAAAUUAUCUGAAAAAAAAAAGAAAAAAAUAAUAAUAAAAUAUAAAAUUAAAAAAAUAAUAUUUUCAUAAUUAUGAAAAAGUAGUAGUUACGUACGGGAAGUUGAUUUUUUAUUAUAGGUUCUGAGAGCUGUUCUGCUGAUGCAUGUACUUUUUCAGAUUCAACAGUAUGAAAACUAUACGUCCCACGAAAAUGUUUAUUCUGUGUCCACUUACUCCUAAAAAAUCAUAUUGAUAAGAAAUUGCAUUAGAUAAAAAACAAAUAUAUUUAUUACCUUAUCAUUGCAUUAGGUUUUGUAAUAUUGUAAUCUUUUCCCAUAAAAGUGUGUAACAUAUCCAUGGAAUGUUCAAGAACUUUAUCAUCAGGAAGUGUUUCCAAAAGACGACAUCCCUUUGCUGUUAUCCAAGCAAGUAAUAAAUGAGGUUUGUGUUCAACACUAUUAA